GGGGGCGGGGAAGAGAGUCAGUCUGCCCCCCCGCCUCAGAGCAUCACCACUUGGGGUCCCAGCAGCAUUCGGCAUCGCAGAGGAGAAUCUAACCUGCAUGCAAGACCACCGCUCGGAAACUUACUCCAACACCAAAAAUCCUAAGAGAACUAAAACGUUCUUUCAAGAUCACACGCUGGACUUUUUUCCUUUUUUUUUUUUUUUUUAAGAGGGGACGGUAUUAUAAAGGUGCUCUUUUGCAUGGCUCAACAUCCUAACUUUUUACUUUUUUUUUAAGAGGGUAUUUUUUUUUUUUUUUUUUUUUUUUUUUUUUGGGGCGGGGGGACGGUUUAACUGAUCGGUACCGGAGACGUUCCUCGUCCUUUGGACCCUGACACAGCUCCCUAAGCUGAGGAGCCACAACAACAAGAAGAAGAAUAAUAAUAAGAAGAAGAGGCGGAGUCGUCGUCAUCCCCAAAAUUUAAAAAAAGGAGCACUCCGGGGCUCCGACGCGCGCAAACAUGAUGAUGAUGUCUCUGAGCAGCAAGCAGCCCUUCGCCGCCAUGGCCCACGCCAGCCUGGCCGAAGCCAAGUACUCCUCGCUGCACUCCUCGGCCUCCUCCUCCGCCUCGUCCACCAUGACCUCCUCCGUCUCCUCCUCGUCGUCCACGCCGUCCUCCUGCUCGUCUUCCCGCCACAGCGGCAGCAGCAUCAUCAGCACCAGCAGCUCGGAGGCGAUGAGGCGAGCCUGCCUGCCCACCCCGCCGAGCAAUAUAUUCGGCGGCUUGGACGAGAGUCUGCUGGCCCGGGCAGAAGCUCUCGCCGCGGUGGAUAUCGUCUCGCAGAGCAAGAACCACCACCACCACCACCACCACCCGCCGCCGCACCACAGCCCCUUCAAGCCGGACGCCACCUACCACACCAUGAACACGCUGCCGUGCACCUCCUCGUCGUCCUCCGCGUCCUCGGUGCCCAUAUCGCACCCCUCCGCCCUGGGCGGCCACGGCCACGGCCACGGCCACGGGCACGGGCACCAUCACCACCACCACCACCACCACCACCACCAGCCGCACCAGGGGCUGGAGGGCGACCUGCUGGAGCACAUCACCCCGGGCCUGGCGCUGGGCGCCAUGGCCGGGCCGGACGGCUCGGUGGUGUCCACCCCGGCGCACAUGGCGGGCAUGAACCACAUGCACCAGGCGGCCCUCAACAUGGCGCACGCCCACGGCCUGUCCACGCACAUCGGCAUGAGCGACGUGGACGCCGACCCGCGGGACUUGGAGGCCUUCGCCGAGCGCUUCAAGCAGCGGCGCAUCAAGCUGGGGGUGACCCAGGCGGACGUGGGCUCGGCGCUGGCCAGCCUGAAGAUCCCCGGCGUGGGCUCGCUCAGCCAGAGCACCAUCUGCCGCUUCGAGUCGCUCACGCUGUCCCACAACAACAUGAUCGCCCUCAAGCCCAUCCUGCAGGCGUGGCUGGAGGAGGCCGAGAAGUCCCACCGGGAGAAGCUCAACAAGCCGGAGCUCUUCAACGGCGCGGAGAAGAAGCGCAAGCGCACCUCCAUCGCCGCGCCGGAGAAGCGCUCGCUGGAGGCCUACUUCGCCAUCCAGCCGCGGCCCUCCUCGGAGAAGAUCGCCGCCAUCGCCGAGAAGCUGGACCUGAAAAAGAACGUGGUGCGGGUCUGGUUUUGCAACCAGCGGCAGAAACAGAAACGCAUGAAGUACUCGGCGUGCGUUUGAAAUGCACCCACGGACUCCGGGACGCUUUGUAGCAUAUAUUUUCCUUUUUAAUAUUUCAACUAAAAAAAACAACAAAAAAAAUGCAGGAAAAAAAAAAAACACCCUUUUUUUUUUUCUCCCUAUUCGCCAUCAUCCGUGACUUUGUGAAUAAGAAGAGGGGGAAAACAAAAACAAAAAAGGGAGCCGUUGGAGUCUAACCUGCCAGCAAGUAAGGACCGAACGCUUUCCGACACUUGUUUAAAAAAAAAAAAAAAAAAAGACUUCAAAAUUGUAUUUUUUUGUUUUUUUUUCCCCCCCAGCCAUGAUUAAUAAUUUCACAGGAGUUAAAAUAGAGCAGAAAAUAGCAACUGAGAGCACUUGGUUUAUUUAUGAGGGGACGUUCCAUUCAUGCUUAAUGUGAGAGAUGGAAUAAUAACAAUUAUUAUUAUGAUGAUAAAUGACUGCCAAAAUAUCUCUCUGUAAAAACGCCUCAUUUUACACGCUCCAUUGUGUGUCCAAACGUGCAAUUUUUUGUUGGCGGGGUGGGUGUUUAAAAAGAAAGAAAAAAAAAAUGUCAUUUUUGUAUUUAUUUCGUUGAAAUGUUCUUAUUGCAAUACGUUUACAAUCCAGCGUGGGCCCGCAGCAUCUUAUGAACUAUUUAUUGAGUGAGGUCAUGUUUACUUCAUUACAUAUUUAUUGGGAUUCCCCCUCACCCCUCCUCCCCUGAUUUUUUUUUUUUUUUUUGUGUUUUGCCUGAGAAAAAAAAAAAAAAUCUAAUUGUGAAUCGUAAAAAUUCACACGGUUUUUUUUUUCUCUCUAAAGAUGUUACAAUCUACUCUGACGCUAUCUAUUUGUAUAAAUAUUGAGGAAAAAAAAGGAGUCGUUGCUUGUUCCAAUCACCUUGUUUAAUUAAGUCAUGUUAUUAUUGCGAUUUAUUUUCUAAUAUUCGUUAGAAAGCGAACAAUGUAAAUACGUCAUCGAUGCACAUAAAUAUAUUCGUACAGGUUUUUGCUGUAUUGCUGUUUUAGCUGAGGUCUUUCUGUAACGUACGUUGCUUCUCUUUUCUUUUUCCUUGAUUUUUUCCCCCCCAAAAAAUAUAUUGGUUACGUUUUUCAGAACGUUUAUCACACGCCAUGUUUUUUGCUUCUUUUUUUUUUUUUAUUUUUUAUAAAAAAACAAUAUUAUUUAUUUAAACAAUUGAACUGCAAUGUGUUUCAUUAAAGAACAAACUUUACCAUUUAAUUUAUUAUGUUUUUUUCAUUUGUUGUUAUAUUUGGGAAGCCCAGACAUGCUAAUGUGCUGUUAUUUUAUUUAUUCAUCUGUUUAUUUAUUAAUGGAAGAGGAGGGAAAACGCUUUAGCUGUGGGAUGCACAGCUUUAACAAGAAAAAAAAGGAGGAAUAACCUUAUUUGGGCUUCCUAUAUCACUCCUACUAUUAGCAUACAAUAAUAUUAAUAUGCAAUCCAACGCAUGAGAUUUUUCUCCUUAUUUGGGUAUUUCCGGCCUCUUUCUAUUCUGCAUCAGCACCACCAGGUGAUUUAGGGCUGUCAGCUUAUUGCAGCUUACCUGAGAGCAAAUGCUAAUAUUCUAUUAGAGCCUUAAUCAGGGGCUCUACGGAGGCCCGGAUGGCUCCCUGGAGCGGGGACUUGCCAGAUGUCAGCCCGCCAGAAAAACAGCUCGCCUGCCAAGGCGUAUACCCCCACCUAUACUCGCAUCACUACACCCUGCAACACCACCUUUACCCUUUUAAAUACACACUUUGAAGAGGAAGGGGUAAGAGAAAAUGGCGGUUAUUAACAUUGUCAUAUUGGAAGCAAACAACUCGACUAAAAUACAUCAGAAUCAGAAUUGGUUUGGAUACAAAGUGUGCAUAAAAACACAGAAGGCCUACUUAAGGGUGGGUAAAAUAUUACACAAUUGGCCAUUUAGGCAAAAAUAAAUAAAUAAGUAAAGACAUAUUUUGAGUUCGCUAGGGAACUGCAGUUGGGUGCCUAAAAUGCGGCCCGGGGGCCAUUUAUUUAAUUUUUUUCAUGAAUAAAUUAUAUUAAACAACUACAAAAAAGAUGCAAAAAUGUGAGAAAUAGGCAAAAAAUAAAAAUAAAAAAUAAAAAAAUGAGAAAAAGCUGAAAUAUUCAAACGAGUAAAAACACAAAUAUCGUAUUAUCCGUAAAAAUAAUAAGAAAAAGGUAAAAAAAAAUAUAUAUAUAUAAAGACAUAUUUUGAGUUCGCUAGGGAACUGCAGUUGGGUGCCUAAAAUGCGGCCCGGGGGCCAUUUAUUUUAUUUUUUUCAUGAAUAAAUUAUAUUAAACAACUACAAAAAAGAUGCAAAAAUGUGAGAAAUAGGCAAAAAA